AUCUGUGUGGUGGGCGCUCCAUUAAAACCGUUGGCGCUCCUGACCUUGGCGUCGUGAAUGCGCAAAGCACACAGACUGUGUGUGCAAAGCAGGAGAGAUAAGAGUACAGAUCUGUGUGUUUGAUACUGGAACAGAGGGGGGGGGAACAUUUCACACACAGCCACAUUGUCUCAGGAAGCGAGAGUGACGGGCAUGGUAUGGAGGAAAUCUCGAGAUGGAGCGCGUAUUAUCAGCUUCUGUAAAAGCAGAUUUGUGUACACUGCAAUGAAAAGUGGAGGUUCCAAGAGUUCUUACCUGGCUGAGGUGUAUUUGGAUUUGAUAACCCUCUGAACCAGAGGCUCAGUGAGUGAUGUCUGUUUGACGGGGUCAACACAGACGGACUGAGUGGACACUACAGUGUGCAUUUGUGCUGUGAAGGGCACUGUCCGGCCCAGACCAUGUGGCUGGCUACAUUUAGAGACCAUCUGUUGCCUUCACACCUUCUCCAUCAUCAAGGGACUGUAACCAUCACCCAUUGUGCUCUUCUCUGGUGGAUACUAUGUUCCUGCUGGUCACUCACCAAGGCAACCAGCCAGAAAUUCUACCCAACUGUGACCACCCAGUUUGGAAAACUGCGAGGCCUCCGGGUUCCUGUGCCCAGCGAGGUUCUAAGGCCCGUUGAUCAGUAUCUGGGGGUUCCCUAUGCUGCUCCACCUGUUGGGGAGAAGCGUUUCAUGCCCCCAGACCAGCCCUCUUCUUGGUCCGGUAUCAGAAAUGCUACCCACUUCAUGCCUGUGUGCCCUCAAAACAUCCACAACACGGUGCCAGAGAUCAUGAUGCCCAUAUGGUUCACCUAUAACCUGGACACGGUGGCCACAUACAUUCAGGAUCAGAGCGAGGACUGUUUGUAUUUGAACAUCUACACACCGACAGAGGAGGGGAGCCAACACAGGAAAAAGGGGGCGGCUUUCUCACAUGCCGAGGUUCAUAUAUCUGAAGAUAUAAGGGACUCUGAAGCUCGACCUGUAAUGGUGUACAUCCACGGAGGCUCGUACAUGGAGGGCACGGGGAACAUGAUGGACGGCAGCGUGCUGGCCAGUUAUGGAAAUGUUGUUGUCGUUACGCUCAACUACAGAAUCGGAAUAUUAGGCUUCCUUAGUACCGGGGACCAGGCUGCAAAGGGAAACUACGGACUCCUGGAUCAAAUCCAAGCUCUCCGUUGGAUCAGUAAGAACAUUGGAUACUUUGGAGGAGACCCAGGUCGCAUCACUGUUUUUGGAUCGGGAAUCGGUGCCUCCUGUGUCAGUCUGCUAACUCUGUCGCACCACUCUGAGGGUUUGUUCCACAGAGCCAUUAUCCAAAGCGGGUCGGCCCUGUCGAGCUGGGCUGUCAACUACCAACCAGUAAAGUAUACUCGCAUGCUAGCUGAGAGGGUUGGCUGCAACGUGCUCGACACCGUGGACAUGGUCUCCUGCCUACAGAAGAAGAGUGCAAAGGAGCUCGUGGAGCAAGACAUCCAGGCUGCCCGAUACCGCGUGGCUUUCGGCCCUGUUAUCGACGGAGACGUCAUCCCAGACGACCCAGAAAUCCUGAUGGAACAGGGCGAGUUUCUUAACUAUGACAUAAUGCUGGGUGUCAAUCAGGGCGAGGGACUGCGCUUUGUGGAGAAUGUGAUGGACCUGGAGGACGGCGUGUCUGGCAGUGACUUUGACUUUGCUGUGUCAGACUUUGUGGACAGUUUGUAUGGCUACCCAGAAGGAAAGGAUACACUGAGGGAGACGAUUAAGUUCAUGUACACAGACUGGGCGGACAAGGACAACCCAGAGACCAGGAGGAAGACCCUAGUGGCUCUCUUUACCGACCACCAGUGGGUGGAGCCCUCAGUGGUGACAGCUGACCUGCAUGCCCGUUACGGCUCACCCACCUACUUCUACGCCUUCUACCACCACUGCCAGAGUCUGAUGAAGCCGGUGUGGUCAGACUCUGCACAUGGAGACGAGGUGCCUUACGUGUUUGGCAUCCCCAUGGUGGGUCCCACUGAUCUGUUCCCCUGUAACUUCUCCAGGAACGACAUCAUGCUCAGCGCUGUGGUCAUGACUUACUGGACCAACUUUGCUAAGAGUGGGGAUCCAAACAAGCCAGUGCCGCAGGACACGAAGUUCAUUCACACGAAGGCAAACCGCUUUGAGGAGGUAGCGUGGUCUAAGUAUGACCCCUACGACCAGCUGUACCUUCACAUCGGCUUGAAGCCUCGUAUCCGGGAUCACUACCGUGCAACCAAGGUGGCCUUCUGGAAACACCUGGUGCCCCAUCUCUACAACCUCCAUGACAUGUUCCACUACUCCUCCACCACCACCAAGGUCACACCGCUGGAUCCCACCCAGUCUAACGGGAAGAGGCCCGGCAGCACCGGCAGACCUCCUUUAUCCAACGGCCUUAACGAGGGUGAAAGCGGGAGAGAGAUGGGUCCGCUGAUCAUGCCCAACCCAAGAGAUUACUCCACAGAGCUCAGUGUCACCAUCGCCGUAGGGGCAUCAUUGCUCUUCCUCAAUGUCCUGGCCUUCGCCGCUCUCUACUAUCGCAAGGACAAGCGCAGUCGGCAGGACACAUCCCAGCAGCCCAGUCCUCAGCGGGACAGCAAGGGCAACAACGUGGGCCACACCACCACCAUCGAUGAGACCCUGUCGUCACAACGGAACCAGUGCGAGGCCCUUCACAACCCACUUCACGUCUCGCCCAGCAUGGACUACUCGCUCAGCCAUCGCCGCUCCCCUGACGACAUCCCUCUGAUGACGCCCAACAACAUCACCAUGAUCCCCAACUCCCUGAUGGGCCUGUCCAACAUGAGUCCAUACAGCACCUUCCCUGCUGGUUACAGCUCCGCAGGCUUGCCCAGCACCCACUCUACCACACGGGUAUAGCCUGGCAAAAGACCAAAGGAGCUGGAGUUUGAAACUGUGUUGUACGCAAAACAUGGAAAUGUAAAGCUGUAUUUAGGCUGUGUAGGUAAAAUAGGAUUGAUUAUGUUUGUUCUGUCUUUUCCAAAGGUGUACUACCGCCUACAUCCUGCCUUUGCUCUCUCAUAAUAGGAAGUGUAACUGCAGAGUCAUUUUCUAAUAAUCAUUUUCAAAGGCAGACAAAAAGAAAAAGUGCAUUUCAUUUUCCACUAUGGCUUUUUUGGAACUUUACCUAGCAAGAACUUAGUAUAAUGUUUAUACAGUUGGAUUUGUAUGGGAAGCUUUUUCUUACUCUGUGAUAUAUAUUUUCAUCUUGUGGAACAAAGUGACAUUACAACACGAGGUGGACGGAGGGGAGAUCUGGGCGGAAAGCUGUAUUAUUAUGAUUAUUAUUGAUAUUAUCAAGCUAUUUUAUACAUAUUUCUCAUGGUACAUUGCUUAUAAUGAACUGUAUUUUUACUGUAAAUACUUUAAAAUGCCUUGUAAACCACUCACAUAAGGAUUUACUGUGGAAUCACAACAGCAAUGGACAAGAUUUUCCUCAAAUACUGUUCACACAUGCGGUGAAAUAUCUCUCUGGUAGUGCAAAAUAUAGCACCCAAAUGUGUGCCAGUGGGUGGUUGGGUGUAUGUGUGGGUUAUUGAAUGUGUGUGUGUGUGUGUGUGUGUGUGUGUGUGUGUGUGUGUGUGUGUGUGUGUGUGUGUGUGUGUGUGUGUGUGUGUGUGUGUGUGUGUGUGUGUGUGUAUGAACUGACAAUUGCGCUAGAAAACUGUAAAUUAGGCAUUGUUUGGAUUCUAUAAUUCAGUUUGGCAUAUGUAUUGUCGUGUAAUCUAUUGUAGUCUAUUUGAGUAUCCUUGCUAUAUGUUUUGCUUCAUGUGUCUUUAAUUUUUUGCUCAAUACAUUGUAGAAAUAUA